AUGGAAGAGGAAUUGGCAGCUCCUUCCACAUCCACAGACAAGACAGACAGUAUGGAUGUGGAUGGAGAAUCAAAGAAACUGUUGGGUUUAGGACAGAAGCACUUGGUAAUGGGAAAUAUUCCGGCUGCUGUUAACGCGUUCCAGGAAGCUGCGAGCUUACUGGGUAAAAAAUAUGGUGAGACAGCGGAUGAGUGUGCAGAAGCUUUCUUUUACUAUGGAAAAUCUCUCCUAGAGUUGGCGAGAAUGGAGAACGGUGUGCUGGGCAAUGCCUUAGAAGGGGUGCAGGUUGAAGAGGAAGGAGAAAAAGCUGAAGGUGAUGCCGCGCAACCAACUGCUGAUGGUAUAGAAGAAACAGAAGAAUCUGAAGAGGAAGAUAAAGAAAAUGAUAAAGCUGAAGAUAAGGAGAAUGAGUUGGCAAUGGAAGACAAGUCUUUGCAGGAAAGUGAGGAGGAUGAAAUUGGGAAUCUUGAGCUGGCCUGGGACAUGCUGGAGUUGGCAAAAGUCAUCUACAAGAGACAAGACACGAGAGAAGCUCAGCUCCACGCAGCUCAAGCUCACCUGAAGCUGGGAGAAGUUAGCAUUGAGUCAGAAAACUACGUGCAGGCGAUAGAGGAGUUCCAGGCCUGCCUGGCGCUGCAGCAGAAGUACCUGGAGGCUCAUGACCGGCUGCUAGCGGAGAGCCACUACCAGCUGGCGCUGGCCUACCACUACAACAGCCAGUUCGACGAGGCCGUCCUGCAGUUCGGUAAAUCCAUGGAAGUCAUUGACAAGAGGAUGGCCAUGCUCACGGAGCGAAUGAAGAAGGCAGAGGGCGGGUCCCCUGAGGAUGAGAAGGAGAUUGAAGAGCUGAAGGGGCUGCUCCCUGAAAUUAAAGAAAAGAUAGAAGAUUCAAAGGAGUCUCAAAAGAGCGCGAGAGUAGCUGAGCUGGCGCUGAAGGCAACUCUGGUUGGAACCACGUCGGGCUUUGCACCAAGUGAGGACAGCGGCUCCGUUUCCACCAUUCCUGUAAGGAAAGCGGCCGAUGGUGCAUCUCAGUGUGUCACGGACAUCUCCCACCUCGUCAGGAAAAAGAGGAAACCGGAGGAGGAGGCUCCGCAGGGGGACAACGAAGCUAAGAAAUCCAGACCGGAGCCGGCUGUCAAUGGUGCUGCUGCUGCUCCCAGUGGGAAUGAGGUGGCAGAAAAAAUGGAAGAGGAGACAGAGAUAAGGCCGCAGGCGGAAUCGGGGGCUGCAGUUGAAAGCACAGUAUGAUAAUUCUUUAACCUCGGACACUCCUCUCCUUACAAGGAAAAUGGUUUUGUAUAUAGUGUAUUUUUUCACUUUUUGGCAACUUUUGUAUGACUUCAAUAAAGAUUGUAAGCAAA